UUGUUUACAAACAGGGGUGAAAAGGUAUACAUAACGGUAACGUUCAGUGUGUUUACAGGUAUCCGGGGAGACGGUUUUCCACUGCUAAAUAUAGACCAUCUCAUAAUAUGUCGGAUAAUCCGAAUGGCGUGGCUUUAGCGGCGACACUGGCUGGUGUUGCUAUUUUUAAAUACACGUGCUUCGCUUGGAUGUCCAACAAGUAUAGAACCAGGCCAUACGAAAAGGUUGGAACGAUAUCGGAGCUGUACGUGUUCCCGACCAAAUCGCUCGGGGGGCUCCGAGUCGACUCGGCUGAAUGCACACCCACCGGCUUAACAUACCAAGGUGUAACUGACAGACACUGGGCCGUAGCAGCCAGCAAUGGCGUUUACGUCACGCAGCGACAGAUUCCGAAGAUGGCGCUCAUUUCUACCAGUUUACAAGGAGACGUCAUGCUCCUGGACGCCCCAGGGAUGCCCACUCUCAAUAUCCCUAUUAACCCCAAACAGGGACCCAAGACGUGGGUCUCGAAAAUCAAAAUUAAGGAGGAAUGGUCAACCUCUUUGGACCUAGGUGACGAAGCGGCCACCUGGAUGGACAAGUUUCUUGGCAAGACUGGUCUUCGUGUCCACUUCUCGUCACCGGAAAUGGGCAAGCGUGACGCGUCCAACGUCACCAAACUAUGGGAACACAAUGCCAAAAAGGGAGAUACGCUGGCAUUCUCGGACUAUUGUGGCUACAUGUUGAUGUCGUCAGCCAGCCUUGACGAGCUAAACAAACGGUUGGCCGAGCCCGUAACUAUGCUGAACUUCCGGGCCAACAUCGUUGUCGACGGAAGUCCGGCAUUUGAUGAGGACGAUUGGGAUGAAGUUAAGAUCAGAAAUGCCACAUUUAGAAACAUUGACGCAUGUACAAGGUGUAUCCUGGUGACAGUUGAUCCAUUCAAGGGAGUGAAGAGUAAAGAUGAGGAGCCGCUGACCACACUGAAAAAAUUCCGUCUCAAACCACCGUAUGGACCCAAACCAUGUCUCGGAAUCCAUCUUGCCUUGGACGAUAAGGACACGAUAAACGUAGGCGAUGUUAUAUACGCGAAGAGGAAGCGGAACUAGUCAGUAACCGGAAACGGAAAUGAUGAUUGGCUGAUUUGAGAGAAAUUUAUUUAAUAAGUUCGAUACAGUCAGUGCUAUUUGUUCAUAUUGAGUGUUUGUAUAAUACAGUUUAACUGAUAGUAAUUAUUAGUGAUCGUUUUGUUCUUAUUAUAUUUUUUUAAAAGGUAAUUCUGGAGGCACUUUUUGAAUGGCAGUUUAUUUCCAUAUACAAUCAUUAUAUAAAUGUAUAUACAUAUUUUUACAUCUGUCUUAUGAUUAUAUGUAUACACAAAUCUGUAUUUUGAUAUAUAAAGUAGUAAUCAAUAAAAGAUCUUUAAUAUAAUACUUAUCAUUACAUGUGAUGUGGCUGAAUGUGAUACAAUUUACAUAUUGUAUUAUCUAUAUGCUCAUGUAAUAAAAGAUAUACAACAUAUGGAAUUAUAUCUAUAUAUAUCACGUGAUAUAACGAAAUGUGAAACAGAAUUGACAUUAUUGUAAUAAUCUGUGAUGAUGUAAAAACAGAUAUACAUCAUACAUAAUGUGAUGUUACCAAACGUAAUUCAUAAUUUACAUAUCCACGCUGAUGUAAUAAAGGAUCUACAUUAUACAUCACAUUAAAUUAAUGUAAUUUAUGCCGAUCUGUUUUUUUGAUCACAUACAGCUGUGCUAACUAAAUGAUCUGCCAUAUGAAGAUAUUAUUGUACAAAUAUAAGUAAGAUAUUUUGAUAGUGAAAACUUUUUAUUAAUUUCACAAAUAUAUCUUUAUUAAUUCAAGGAAUAAAAUUUUCAAAAUAUAUUGCUAUGA